GCCAAGUAAUAACGACACAUGACCAUGUUUACACGAGAACAGGUGAGUUGGACGAGUGUUGCGUUUAGAGUCUCGGGAAGAGGUGUGGCUACCUUGGAAAAAGCGGAGGCGGAGAGAAGAGCCGUAGAAAUGCACAGGGCCAUCAUGGAUCACUUGUCUCGGUGUGUGUGUAGUUGAGACUCAACUGUCAGCCCCAGAGAAACCUGUUUUCAUCCACGACCAAAAAAGAGGAGAAUAUAGAAGGAAUCUUCCACAUCUUGUAACUUUUGGCCUGCCACAUAAAGGCAGGUGGACCAACCCAUGGUGAUGGACCAAGACACUCAGUGGCUGUAUCACCUCCUAGCUGAUGUCCAGUUGGAGCAGUUCUAUAUGCGGGUCAGAGAUGGUCUCAACAUCACCCGCUUGGAGCACUUUCACUAUUGCAGGGAGAACGACCUGGAGAGCAUAGGAAUUAGCAAACCUGCUCAGCGGAGAUUAUGGGAAGCUUUGAAACGAUACAAAACAGUUCCACGUCCGAGACUGGUGAUGUCCAAGGGUUCAGGAGAGCAGGUUGGCGGUCAGAGAAGGAGUUCAGAAGGAGGCAGCCGGGCUCUUCCCUCUCUGAUACAGGACAGCGAGCUGGCCUUGGGCGAGAGGCUCGGCGCUGGCUCCUUUGGGGUGGUGAAGAAAGGAGACUGGCACUCACCCACAGGGAUGGUGCUGCCUGUAGCAGUGAAAUCACUCAGAGGUAGUGGGUCCAAGCAGACAGAAAUGCUGAAGGACUUCCUCCAGGAAGUCACAGUCAUGCAGUCAUUGGAUCACCCCAAUAUUAUACGGCUUUAUGGCGUGGUGCUCACACAGCCGUUGAAGAUGGUGACUGAGCUCGCCCCUUUGGGUUCACUGUACGACACCCUGCGCUCACGCCAGUACGAGUACCCCCUGCUCCGCCUCUGGUACUUCGCUACUCAGAUUGCAGCAGGUAUGGAGUAUCUGGAGUCGAGGAGGUUCAUUCACAGGGACCUGGCAGCCAGAAAUGUUCUACUGGCCUCCAAGGAGUUGGUGAAGAUUGGAGACUUUGGUCUGAUGCGAGGCCUGAGCAAAGAGGCAGAUCACUAUGUCAUGUCUGCAAACAAACGAAUCCCAUUUGCAUGGUGUGCUCCUGAGAGUCUCCGUGUCGGCUCCUUCUCUCACGCCUCGGACGUGUGGAUGUUUGGCGUCACCCUGUGGGAGAUGUUCACGUACUGUGAAGAGCCCUGGUUCGGGCUGUCGGGACGACAGAUCCUGUGGCGAGUGGAAGGCGACGGCGAUCGCCUAGAAAAACCGCCGGAUUGUCCUCAAGAACUUUACAGCGUCAUGAAGAAGUGCUGGGCUCUCAGGGCUCCUGACAGACCAACCUUUGCUCAGCUCACCACUAUCGUGAAAGAGGCCAGACCGAUGGAGGUGCAAGUAACGAGGGGCUUUUCAGAACCAAGAAAACUCCAGCUGGUGCCCAACGACACUGUGACGGUCAUAGACCACAGUCUGGAGCUGAGUGAGUGGAAAGGCCAGAAUCAGAAGACGCUAAUGGUCGGCGGGUUUCCUGCCAGCAUCUGUGUGCCUUGUCGUUCUGCUAGUCCUUCCACUGUUACUUCUCCAUCUUCCAUGACAUCCAACUUCCUUCUUCCAAAUCCCAGGCCCGUUUCUUACAUAGCCAUCCCUGUGAAGGGCAGCAUGCAGCCCAAGGGGCAUGGAGACAUCAAUCCUGUGCGCGGCUGGGGAACGCCUGAGGGUUCUGACAACUGGGGGACGGUUCCUAGCAGGAUAAAAGAAGAAUCCAAUCUAAAGAAAAUGAAGGGGAUGUCCAGAAGUCUGGAGACGGUCUUGAGUGGAUCUGGGUCUGAAGAUCAAGCCAUUGAUGUGGUCAGGUCGGGCCCAGGUAACAGACUUGUCCCCCCUGGGGCUCAAAGUAUGGUGCACCAGGACCCGCGUCGAUUCAGCGAGGCCAGUAUCAUCGCUCCUCCUCGACCUCCUCUUCCCAACAUAAAGCGUUUCAUACCCAAAUCUCAGUCUCAGAGGAGACCCCCGUCUGUUGCACCUCAAGCUUCCAACUGGUCCCCGCAUAUUAUCAUUAGCCCUCCGCAGCAACAGUCACACCUUCAACUCCAUCCGUCUCAGGCGCAGUUCGUUGGAGUUUCUAACCUGGUUAACAUGAGCCCCAUGGCCCGGUCCAGUCCUCAGCUGGACGACAACACAGACAAUAGAGAGAAAAAUCGAGAAAAGGACAGAGUCAGAGAGCGGGACAAAUCACCUCAGGUCCCGCACACGAAGGAGAGUCUCGUCUCACAGAUUAUGAAGGUGGUACAUGGAGUGACCACCGAGGAGGUUCACGCCGCAUUACAGAGGAACGACUGGAAUCCAGUACGAGCUGAGCAACAUCUGAAGCUGGAGCGACUGUUCUCUCUGAGCCUUUGCUCCAGAGAAGACUGCCUGAGGAUCCUCAACAAAUACCAGUGGAACCUGGAGAUGGCCAGUCGCUACCUGCUACGACUGCCUCCAAACGACCAUCCAGGUCCUGCGGACAGGGAGCGCCCACAGAUCAGCCAAGGCAGACGAGUCUGAGAGUAUUUUUCCUGACUGCCCCGGCUGUUUGCUACUCUUGCUUUGUAACACGGGGAUGUUUUGACAUCCUAGUUUACCGUGACAAACAGAAUCCAGUCCGACGCUUUAACACUGUCCUCAACAUUGGAAUAGGUGCAAAAGUUCACUCCAGUGGAGAUUGAAACUGAAAAACUACAGAUUUAUGGAGCACAUUGACCUUGUAUUUCUAAAAUGUUGUGAAAAUGUUUUGUAUUUUUAAUAUUCAGCACACUGCAUUACUUUCGGUGUUGUACAGUGAUACAUUUGUAUAUAUUGCACAUUUCGUUAAUAAACGUUUCAACCUGG